UCUCAUCAGCCUCUGGCCUGCCAUCUCCUUGAGUCCUAACACUAUGCCUUCAAUUGAGUUGCAGAGUUCUGAUGGAGAGAUAUUUGAAGUUGAUGUUGAAAUUGCGAAACACUCUGUGACUAUUAAGACCAUGUUGAAAUAUUUGGGAGUGGGUGACGAAGGAGAUGAUGAUCCAGUGCCCUUGCCAAAUGUUAACGCAGCAAUAUUAAAAGAGGUCGUUCCGUGGUGCACCCACCACAGAGAUGAUCCUCCCCCUCCUGAGGGUGGUGAGGACAAAGAAAAGCGAACAGAUGAUUUCCCUGUUUGGGAUCAAGAAUUCCUGAAAGUUGACCAAGGAACACUUUUUGAGUUUAUACUGACAGCAAACUACUUAGACAUCAAAGAUUUGCUUGAUGUUACCUGCAAGACUGUUGCCACUAUGAUCAAGGGGAAAACUCCUGAGGAGAUUCGAAAGACAUUCAAUAUCAAAAAUGAUUUUGUUGUAGAAGAGGAAGCCCAGGUAUGCAAAGAGAAGCAGUGGUGUGAGGAGAAGAGAAAUUUUGUGGCUGAUGCUGUAACACUGUAA